AUGACAGCUCCAACAGCUGGCCGCCGAAUGUCCCCGCGAAUGAUGACCAUCUUCGCCGUGGGCAUGCUGGGUAUCAGUACCUACUGCGGUUACCUAUACUCAUCCUAUAGCCAAGCAGUCGCUCAAUCCAAAACUCUCAAGGUGCCUGAAGAUGUCUCUGAUCGCUACAAUUCCACCGCAAUGGGCUACGACGCCGAAGUCGAGCUCGGCGAGAAAUUCAUGCGGUUAGGCAAAAGGAGGAAAGAGCUCGUUCAGAUGGCCCGUGGAGAUGUUCUUGAGGUUAGUUGUGGUACGGGCCGAAACAUGGAGUACUAUCAACUAGGUGAGAAAAGAGGGCUUGAUGAACGAGGCCGUCCUGUCUUGCAAGGGUGUCGGUCGGUGACUUUUGUCGAUCUGAGUUCGCAGAUGGUUGAGAUUGCGCGACACAAGUUUAGAAGGCUACAUCCUGAGUUUGCAAAGGCUGCAUUUCGUACCGAAGACGCCAAAAAGGUCGGUCCAGUGGCCGACACUUCUGCAAAAUUCCCUGAAUGGGUAUAUUCACGGUCCCAUUUCGAUACCGUAAUACAAACUAUGGGUCUUUGUUCUACACCAGAUCCCGUCGGACUCUUACGACAUCUCGGAUCGAUCACAGAGCCGCAACGAGGGCAGAUCUUGCUGCUGGAGCAUGGUAGAUCGCAUUAUGACUGGCUGAACAAGAUUCUAGACAAUCUUGCGCCUGCACACGCGCAUCGACACGGAUGCUGGUGGAAUCGAGACAUCGGACAGAUCAUCGAGCAGAGUGGAUUGGAGGUUGUGGAGAUUCAGCGGUAUCAUUUGGGGACGACGUGGAGGGCGGUUUUGAGGCCGAGGACCCAAACUUAG